UCUGGCAACCCCCGCGGAUCAACAACACAGACGCCGACACCGCUCGAUCUCACACGGCACAAAACCGGAGCCAGCGCGCUGAAUGUGCCCAUUUCCUCACAUUUACCGCUGCGAUUCACUUAUUUAGUCUUAGUUCGCUUUGUGUCUGGAUCAUCGGAGCUGGUUAGGCCGAGGAGAUCGGAGUUACACGCCCCGAAGUGUGCCCCUUUUUCGGGGUUUAAACACAAGCCUGCUCUUCCUGUUGGCAUCUGUACACAAACAAACCUGGGACACGACAAAGAAGCACCUAAAAUGGAGGACAGCCCACUCCACCCCCACUGCCUUAAGUGCAUCAAUAGGAGAUGCAUGGUGCGAACGGAGAUCGGAGUUUCCUGCGACCUCAUGGGCUGUCCUUUAGUUUGCGGAGCCGUUUUCCACUCCUGCAAACUGGAAGAGCACCGCCUGCUUUGUCCGUACGAAAGGUUGCCGUGUUUAAAUAGCGGAUUCGGGUGCCCCUUUACGAUCGCGAGAAUCAAGAUGGCGCAGCAUCUUGAAAUCUGCCCCGCCAGCAUCGUCUGCUGCACUAUGGAGUGGAACAGGUGGCCGGUCAGCUACGCGGAUCGAAAAUCCUACGAGAACCUGAGCAAGGAUUUUGACGAAGUUGAGCAGCUGGACAUGGCGCUGGCUUUGCAGGAUCAGAGGAUGCUGCUGGAAUCGUUAAAAGUCACGACAACGAUUUCCAAAAACGGCGAAAAGAAAGACGAAGAGAGCGACAAAAUGGCGACAUCUUCGAAUGAGACGGCGGUUGAAAUGGAGCAAGACGAACCAUACAACGAACUUUACAAAACAUCGGUAGAAACGAGCAGGAGUCUAGCAGCAGCUUUUGACAUUUUAACCAAUUCUAAGGAGAUUGAAAUCGUCAACAAUAUUAACGGGGCGGACAGCGAUAAAAACGAAAGGGAAAGUGGCGACGUUUACGGAGCAGAGGGAGGUAGAAACGUAGAUAUGCAAGAUUCUGAUUCUUUGGAUUCGGAUUGCGAGCUUGGAGCGGUCGGUGGAGUGGACUGCGCAGUGGGAACAGAUGAUAACCCUAUAGACUGGGCAGACGAAAGCGAGUUUGUUGACAUUCUAUUUGACGAAAAUGAAAAUGUGAACGAAGAACCGCCUCAAGACAACGGCGAAGUUUUGGUGGACGAUUAUUUACCGAUUGUAGCUAUCGAACCUCCCGUUGUACCCCGGCAUGCUCCACUCCCAGUUCCAAUGCCAUUUCUCUUCUCAGAUAACCUGGUCAGAAACAACUUUUUGCAGCAUUUACCGUCAGAACUCAGGUAUCGAUGUUUGGAACGAAAACUGCAAAACGUAGAAGUGUUGAGAGGUAUCAGUAUGUUUACAUUUAACGGUAGGAGAGCGCUACUGUCCGAUCCGUAUCUUUUCAGAGCCAAAAUGGAGGAUAAAUCUGUUGAUACUUCUGAUUUAGAAGUUGCAGAUGAUCCCAUGGGACUACACGGUAUCGAUUUGAUCACAGCUGCUUUGCUUUUCUGCCUGGGCGAUUCUCCUGGAGGUCGAGGGAUUUCAGAUAGUCGCUUUGUCGACGGUUAUCACAUCGAUUUCGGUACGCAAACGUUUUCUUUUCCGUCUGCUAUCCUCGCUACUAACACCAUGGUUGGAGACAUCGCGUCCGCCUCUGCCUGUGACCACGCCAGCCCGCAACUGUGCAACCCGAGCCCCUUUCACACUUUACGCUUAGAUCUGGUCCUCGAAUGUGUCGCCAGGUAUCAAACGAAGCAGCGUUCCAUGUUCACGUUCGUUUGCGGGCAGCUUUUCCGAAGGGAUGAGUUUUCCUCGCAUUUUAAGAACGUUCACGGAGAUAUCCACGCUGGUUUGAACGGGUGGAUGGAACAACGCUGCCCCCUGGCGUACUACGGGUGCACCUACUCCCAAAGACGCUUCUGUCCCCAAGUUCAAGGGUUUCGGAUUAUUCACGACAGACAUCUUGGGUCAUUCGGAGUUCAACCAGGAGUUCCUCUGAGAAACGGGGAAAAUGGGAGACGACAUGGACACAAGUUUAGUUCGGAUCAGUUCAGCGGUCUUCCCUUCGAGGUUUUGCAGCACGUUGCCAGUUUCCUGGACAGUUUCAGCUUGUGCCAGCUCUCCAGAGUGUCCAGGACCAUGAGGGAGGUGUGUGCCAGUCUGCUGCAGAUGAGGGGCAUGGUGGUGCUGCUGUGGGAGAAGAGACGCAGAGAGGACGGGUCUCCCUCGUGGCAGAUCACAGAUAAGGUGUGGCGAUUCAGCACGGCCUUCGGGACAGUGAACGAGUGGAAGUUUGCCAACAUCGCUAGCAUGGCCGACCACCUGAAGAAGUGUAAAUUCAACACGAUCGCGCGGAGAGAGGAGGCCAUCCCUCUGCCCUGCAUGUGCUUCACCCGAGAACUGACCAAGGAGGGGCGCUGUCUGAGAUCUGUGCUCAAACCUGUGGCAUAAGCUCCGUCUCAUCACCAGGACUCUAAGCACUGCAAAAAUAAUGUCCCAGACGAGUUAAAACCACUUGAAUUCACAAUAUCACGUUUAUAUCAGAGCAGUUUUGUCUAGUUUCAACUCUCGAUUCGAUUUUGGAUACUUUUUUGUGGGGGUUUGAAUAAAAAAUGCAUAAAACAAUUCCUCUAUGUAACUUUUCUGGUGGAGGGUGCGUCACCUGCUUGUGUCCAUGGAGAUGCCUUUGCUUUGCUUGAAAUGUUCCACAGUACGGCAUUAAAGUUGUUUAUCCUGCAUUCGCUCAUUUGGCGGUGUUGUUAUUAAAAUAUCUUGAAAAAACAUGCAUUCUUCCUGUCAGCUGGGUCGCCUUUCCACAGAUCUGACCCAGAACCUAGUGGAGAUGGUUGCGUUUAAUGCCAUACUUUGGAACAUUCCAGGUGAAGCAAAAACACCUCUGUGAAGACAAGCAGAUGACAGACCUUCCAGCGGAAACGUUGAAUAGUGGACCUUUUCCAGAAAUAUUUAUUCAGCAGAAAUUUGACUCAAUUUGAAAUGAAAAGGUGAAAUCUAAAGUGGUGAAAAAUAAACGACUUAGAGAUUAUAAUAUUAUGAAUUCAAGUCAUGUUAACUCCUACAGACAUUCAUUUUUGUAGUGUAAGUAUUUUUGCUCCAGUGUUUACAGACAUUCAUUUAUCUAACCUCAAAAACAACUCCAUUAUGUCACUCCCAAUGUAAUAACUCCACAAGCUUCACUGCGCAAAACAUACAUGAGGUACUUUUACUUAAAGUUUGAAAUCCAGUCUUUCUUUGGGCUUAUUUUAGUGCCUUGUUUCAGGUUUUAGCAAUUUAUUUCAAGAUAGAAUUUCUUCUUAUGGGGCAAAGGAGUUUUAAUCAUUUUUACAUUUCAACAUUGACAGAUAUUUCAGCUUGAAAUCAGAUGAAUCAUAUGUUGUAAGUUGGGACACACCGAUAUCGAUACUGGUUUUUGCUGGAUUGAGUAUGGGUUCCAUGAUAUCAAUUCAGCCUGGUUGGUUGGGUCUAUUGGAUGUAAUAAGACUACCGUAUUAUUUGGACUAUAAGUCGCUCUGGAGUAUAAGUUUCACCAGCCAAAAAAUGCUUUAUGAAGAAUUAAAACGCAUGUAUAAGUCGCACUUUUUGGGUCAAAUUUAUUUCAUAAAAUCAGAGACCAGGAACCGACAUUUUUUCUUAAAGUCAAGUUCUAGUAAUAACAAUAGAAGAGAGAACAGACUGUUAACGUCACAUAUGAACAAGUCUUCAGAUAAUUUUAGCGUAAACAACAGAAACUCUCCAUCUCUCUCCAAAUCCAUUGAAUCCAUUGAAUUCUUUAUCCUUGGUGUCACUUUUGAGCAACUCCGCGCAACUUCAAUUGUCACUGAGGUCCAGACAUGCUGCACUCGCCCGGUUACCUUGAAGCUGUGUUCUCCAUCCCUGCUUUCUGUCAGUCCCUCACAAGUUUCUCGCUCACUCCAAACUUUCUUUCUGCUGCUCGAUUACCGUUUUCUGCUGCAUAUUUCACUACUUCCAGCAGGACAGAGGCUUUUUCUGCAGAAAACUGAUACUCACGCCUAGAUCCUCUCGCGCCUGUCAGUCUGAAAAUGUUAUUAUAUCAGUCGCACCGGAGUAUAAGUCGCAGGAAACACCCAAACCAUGAAAAAAAGUGCAACUUAUAGUCCGAAAAAUGCGGUAUUUACAGGCUUAUGUUGACGUAGAGGGUUAAUAAUGUUUGGACUUUUAUUCUUUCAAAGUAGAAGUGUUACUUGCAGAUUAAAUAACACAGUUGGAUUAAAUGUGUAGUAAGUUCACUGUGUUUUGAUGGAAAUAAAUGCGGUAAAUAUCGGUUAAUAUCGAGUAUCAGCAGAUGUCGAGGUAUCGAUAUUAGUAUUAAAACUGAAAAGCUAGAAAGGUGCCUCCCUACUUGUAAAACUUCUAAUAUAAUUUAUAGUUUUGCAAUAAGUAAAUCCACUGAACUUGUCAUAGCAAAUCAAAAUGAUCAGUUUUUAGUCAUUUAAAGGUGCAUUGUGUAACUUUUCUGGUGGAGGGUUCAUCAAGUGCUUGUCUGCUUUGCCUAAAUAAUUCCACAGUAUGAAAAUAAACUUCACAGCAGAGAGAUAACGGUCAGAUCUAUGGAAAAGCAAGCCUGCACUUAGUAAGAAUUCAUGUUAUUUUCAAGGUAGUUUUGAACUCUAAAACACCUGCAAUUGAAUAAAUGCAAGGCACAUAUGUUUAAUGCCAUACUGUGGAACAUCUCGUGCAAAGAAAUAACAUCUCCAUGGAGACAGGAAAGUAGCAGACCCUCCACCUUAGAAGUUACACAGUGCGUCUUUAAGUAUUUGUACCUCGUGUUGUUUUUCGCAGUGUUGGUUCCAAAGCAAUGACCUCCUUUUAUGAUACAAACUGUAAAAAAUGUUCAAAAUGUUUCUCUUUUUUUUAUUUUUAUAUCCAAAAUACUGUGCUACACCAGAGGGACGAAGAGAAGAGCCUUAACUUACGAGACUUGAGUUUUUUUUUUAAAAGAGUGCUUUGUCCGAAACAUCUCAAGUUCGAUCGAUCGUUUGUAGCUAAAAUCGCAAAUGUUGCAUGGAUUUUUAAAAGGUUUGACCACACUUGCUUUAAAUUUAAAUUCAAGACCAAAUAUAUUCUUUUGAGCUGUGCGUAAAAGCAACUUACUGUUUCACUGUGGUAUUAUAAAAGUCACUAAAGCAUGCCUCUAAUGUUGUGGAGUUGUGGUCAGAAAUGAUGUGUUAAAUGCACAAAGUCAAGCUAAACAUUAUGAUUCCUGUCGGGGGACGUGGAGAAGCGCUGGUUAUAUUUUUAUAGUGGCACUUUUAUAAAACGGAUGCGAGAUUUCAGAAGCAAGUGAAUUCUCAGUGUUCCAGAAGAGGAAAAAAUUAGACAGGAUUCGAGAAAGUUUGAUAUAUUUUAGAGACUGGAGGGUUUCUGUCAAUCAGAGGUGGUGUAGUCCUGGUUUAGUUCUAGUUUGGACUUAUUUUUGUGCAGCUCUUUAGGUUUUCUUAGUCUGCAGCGGUCAGUAUCUUAAAUCCUGGUUUAGUCCGGGGUUAGACCUGUUUUAGUCCUGGGGUAGACCCGUUUAGACCUGGUUUUGGACUAGGUUACACCUGAUUUAGACCUGUUUUAGUGCCAUUCUGUUCCAGUAUUAAGUACCUGCAGUGGUCAGUAGGGUUUAGACCUGGUCUAGACCUGGUUCACUCCAGCUCUUGUGGGUGUUCUCAGUCAGCAGAGAUCAGUGUAUAUCAGAGGCUCUUUAGACUUGGUUUAGACCUGGUUUAGUUCUGUUUUAGUCCUGGUUUAGACCUGGUUUAGAUUUGGUUUAGUCCUGGUUUAGACCUGGUUUAGUCCUGGUUUGGACCUGAUUUAGACUUGAUUUAGACCUGGUUUAGACCUGGUUUAGUCCUGGUUUGGACCUGAUUUAGACUUGAUUUAGACCUGGUUUAGACUUGGUUUAGUCCUGGUUUAGUCCUGGUUUAGUCCUGGUUCAGUCCUGGUUCAGACCUGGUUCAGACCUGGUUCAGACCUGGUUCAGACCUGGUUCAGACCUGGUUCAGACCUGGUUUAGUUCAGCUCUAUUGGCGUUCUCCCUGUCAGCAGUGCUCAGUAUCAGAGGUGGUUUAAACUGGGUUUUGUACUGGGUUAGUCCUAAAAUAAACCAUGCUUGGACCUAGUUUAGACCUUGGUUAGUCCUGUUUUAGUCCUGCUUUAAGGCAAGUCAGUGCAGUUUGUAAAGUACAGUUUGUCAAUCAAAGUGCUUUACAAAAUAAGAAACACAUUAAAAUCACAACACAAACAAAUCAAAACAUAAAUAAUCAUCAUAAAAUUAAAAAAGAGAGAGACAUUAAAUGAGAGAGAAGAGUCCUGCUUUAGUCCUGGCUUAGCUCUUCUAACACAUUGUAGUGGUCCGUAUCUGUCAGACGUGCUUUGGACCAGUUAGACCAUGGUUAGACCUGGUUUAGAUCUUGGUUAGACCUUAUUUUUUACCGGAUCAGACAAUUUGAUUUCGGUUUAGUCUAUUGUCGUAUUCUUAGUUUGCGGUCGUCAGUGUCUAUUCGAGCUGCUUUUAGACCUUGGUUAGACCUGGUUCAGACCUGGUUUAGUUCAGCUCUUGUGAGGUUUUCCCCAGUCUACAGCGGUCAGUAUCUAUCCAAAGCGGUUCUAAUUGAAAGUAGUGCAAGUACAUGAGUGUGUGAGGCGAGUGGUCAUAAUGUUUAGCCUGAUCUGUGCUUUGUAGCAGAACUGAAGCUCAAAUGGGACAAAAGGAAGUGGUUUGUGGUUUAUGUUUUACCAGCUUUCUCACCCAAUACCAGCUCUGUAGUUUGCAGGGUACUUUUUUCAUUUAAAGGUCCUGUUUUUCGCAGUACUUUUUGGACUUUUCAGCAGUAAUAAUGUUGUUGUUUCUUGAUGAUGAACGUACCUGGAGUUAUGUUUCUUUUCAUUCACACGUGAGUUAUACUGGUGUAGUCAAACUCACCUUUAUCGAGUUGAAUGGUUUUUGGCUAAUCACCAACUUCUACACCAGCAGCUACUGUUUUAAGCCUCAUUUCAACUGUUACACACUUUUCAUCGUUGCCAGCAGAGGGCGCAGGACCUGUUCAAGCCAUUUACGCUAGACUUUGUUGAAUUCUUUUUACGUUUUGUUUUAAAGUUAGAUAUGAUAAAAAUGUGAAAUACCAAUGGGAAGAUAUUUUUGUUAAAUUAAGCAUAAUAUAGGAACUUUAAAGGUGCACUGUGUAACUUUUCUGGUUGGGUUUUCAAGGUUCCUUUCUGAUUUGUAGGAUUUGGCAUGGUCACGGUCCUUUUGUUUUUGUAGCUAGAAUGCAUUUCCAAUCAAAAUAUCUUUUAAAUGGUGAAAGGUUCUCACAAAUAAUUCAAAUGGAGAAGGGAUCAUUUGCCUAAAACUCCAUGGAGAUGGUGCUGCGUUGCCGGGAAUGUUCCACAGUAUGGCAUUAUCUGUUUUGCCUUAAUGAAAUCCCAGGUCUUUAUAUAAGCUCAGAAAUACCAUGAAACACACAAUGUCUUCUGACUGUGAACGGGGUCGCCUCUCCACAGAUCUGACCUGUAACCUAGGGGGUGUGUCACAGACUUGUUUCCAUGACAAUAUUCUUGGUUUCACAGUGUGGCAUUAAACUCGUGUUGCAUUUUUACAGUUACAGGUGUUUGAGGGUUUAAAAAGACUACGAAAAACAUGCAUUCUUGCAGUGAGUGAGCACGCCUUUCCACAGAUCUGACCUGUAACUUGGCCUGGAGGCAUUACGGGCUUGUCUUCAUGGAAAUAGAUCGAGUUUAAUGCCAUACUGUGGAGCAUUCUAGACAAAGCAAUAGCAUUUCCAUGACGACAAGUCAUGUAGCAAGUAGCAGAUCUUCCACCAGAAAAGUUACACAGUGCAGCUUUAAAUAUCAACUAUACAGAAUCUGUGUGUCAUUCAUUCAUUUGUUUUUCAAUAUAAAACCAAAAAUAAGAAAAAGAUAAAACAACUAUUUUCUUCAUUAUUUGUCUCCAAACCCAAAAUGAACAAAUGGAUAAUGAUUUGUUUUUUUAGUUUUUGAUUUUGGAUUUAAAUGAAAAAUGGAAAAAAAAAGGAUAUCGUACAUUUUCUGUUUCUAUAACUUAAACUGAGAUGCCGGACUUUUACGCCACAUACAGACUGAACCAGAUCUAAACCAGAACCGGUCUCAGUCCUGGUUUUGUGCCAGUCUCAGUCCCGGUCUGGUCCUGGUCUGGUCCCGGUCUGGUCCUGUCUCAGCCCUGGUCUGGUCCCGGUCUCAGUCCUGAUCACCUGACAGUCUACGCGGGCGCACCUCUGGGCCCCUCCCGACACUCAGCCCUGGUUCAAUCCUGGUUCAGUCCUGGUUCAGCCCUGGUUCAAUCCUGGUUUAGUCCUGGUUCAGUCCUGGUUUAGUCCUGGUUUCAGUCCUGGUUCAGUCCUGGUUUAGUCCUGGUUCAAUCCUGGUUUAGUCCUGGUUCAGUCCUGGUUCAGUCCUGGUUUAGUCCUGGUUCAGUCCUGGUUUAGUCCUGGUUCAGUCCUGGUUUAGUCCUGGUUCAGUCUGGCAUCUCAGUUUAAGUCACGGAAAUGGGAAACGUCCUUUAUCUGUUUUUUCCAUUAUUCGUUUAAACACAAAAUCAAAAACUGAAAAAAUUAAUCAUUAUCCGUUUUUUCAUUUUGGUUUUGGAGACAAAUAAUGUAGAAAAUAGUUGUUUGUUAGUUUUUUUUCAUUUUCUUAUGUUUGGUUUUCUAUUGAAAGGCGAAUGAAUGAAUGACACAUGGAUUAUAGAGCCACUAGUCACGUUUUGAAUGUAUUUUUGACUCCAUCAUCAUUUCUUCUGAGAAGAGUGAACCCUGCAGGCCAGGUAUCAGAAACAGAACCCAGACUACAGCUACAGCUACACUGUCAUGUUUAUGUGUUGGGCUUGAUUUGAGAUGACUUUGUUUCUCAGGGUUGCAUGAAGCUGGCUGCUGAUCACCUGUAAACGUCAAAGUAGAAAAAGACAGAGUUUUGUGGACUGUUUUCAUUCAGAAUUUUGAUUUUUGUUUUGUUUUUUUUACUGACUGGUUCACCACUUAUAGUAUUUCAACUUGGGAGUGUGUUUUGCAGUGAUGGUCUAAUAAAUAAUGAGAAAACAAAUGA